UAUAUUGUGGUUGUGCGUGGUGAUAAGAAAUCGUCUAAGAAGUAGUAAUUAACAGUUUGCGCUUUAGUAGUUAAGUAGUUAAGAAUGAAUGUAGAACAACUAAUUUGUAUAUCUUCAAUAACACGUGAAUACAUCUCCAAUUGAUUAAACGGCGCGUACUUUGCCUCGGAUACAGCAGCAGCUAUUAAAAGUUAAUCAUAAUCGUGAGUGAGUUAGUUGAAACAAUAAAGUGGUACACAUAAUAUUAGUGAUAACUUCAAUGAGUCCUGUAUCAGCGAUACGAGUGAAAAUGUUUAAUAACUGUAUUAGAUUAUCUCGGCGAUAACUAAAUCAAUUGCCAAGGGCAAUACAUAUACUAUAAGCGCUAUAGAUUAAGGUGAAACUGUAGGAAAAUUUAGAAUAAAUUCGGUAAUUUCAGCUUUUUAAUGAUUAGUCUGUGGUUGAACCUGUAGUGGAGUGGUAGUGAAUAUUUAAGUGAAAAUGUGGAGUUUCUUACUUCUAGCCUUUCUGGCAGUUAGUGCGGCGGUGCAUAUACCCGGUGUGCCGCAGGAUUUCACCACCAACGACAUUGUGCUCUCUGCCAUUUCGGAUGAGAUUGCACAGAAAUUAUCGGAAGAAUACAUAAAUUACCUCAAGACAGGGGUUGAGUCAGCAGCGCUACGCCAAAUCUCCGCACAACUGGCAAGUGCACACAGUAGAAAGGACCUUUUCACAAAAGAGCUGGACGAAUUGUCUUUAGCUGAUCAAUUUGUGGCUUGCACCACCUGUCGUGCUACCGUCAAUGUGGUGGCGCGCAUGUUUCGCGAGGAGAAUGGCGCAUUUACAGGUCCCGAAGCAGAUGCAAAACUGAAAAGCGUUACAUUAGACGCGUGCAAUCGUCUGCAAUUACAAACUCCAGAAGUGUGUGAAAGCCUCAUUGAUUUUAAUCUACCAAGUGUCUCCUACAUAGCCAGGAAUUCGAAGAUCGAUUCGCGCACAUUUUGUUCGCUGUUCAUGCAGUUCAAUUUUUGCAAUGUGAAAAACGCCGAUUACAAUUGGACGCUCGUAAUUGAAGGCGGUGGUGCGGCUGUGACGGCGCCGAAAUCAGAUUUGCCCACCAAGCGUGGAGAUGAAUUGAAAGUCUUGCAUUUAACCGAUAUUCACUAUGAUCCACUGUAUGUGCCUGGUGCUUUGGCCGAAUGCGACGAACCACAGUGUUGUCAGCGUCACGUUAGCACUACAACGAGUGACAAGGCGGCCGGGUAUUGGGGUGAUUACCGUGAUUGCGAUGCACCUUGGCAUAUGAUUGACCAUGCAUUGAAACAUAUCAAGCAGACACAUACACAACUCGAUUACAUAUAUCAAACCGGUGAUGUUGUGGAUCACAUGGUUUGGGGUACUUCCAUGCAGAAAAAUAGUGAUAGUUUGAAGCAAGUUAACAACCGUUUAGCUGAGCUCUUCCCAGGUGUACCAGUAUAUCCCUGUAUUGGUAAUCACGAACCACAUCCAUUAAAUCUUUUCAGCCCAGAAGACGUGCCGGAAAAUAUCAAUACCCGUUGGCUCUAUGAGCAGUUGUACGAGCAAUGGUCCACAUGGUUGCCAGCCGAUACCAAGGAUACCAUACUCAAGGGCGGUUACUAUACAGUUUCACCGAGAGCCGGCUUUCGUGUGAUUGCGUUGAACAACAAUGAGUGUUACACCACAAACUAUUGGUUAUACUACGAGGGUACGAAUAAGAUACCACAACUUCAGUGGCUGCAUGAUACCUUGUUAGCUGCUGAGAAGGCAGGCGAAUAUGUACACAUACUGGCGCACAUUCCCUCAGGUGAUGGCACUUGUUGGUCCGUGUGGGCGCGUGAAUUCAACAGAUUGGUAGAACGCUUCAGGAGCACAAUUAGCGGCAUCUUCAAUGGACAUUCGCACAAGGACGAAAUGCAUUUGCAUUACUCCACCAAAGGACAUGCGGUUGGUAUUGCUUGGAAUGGUGGAGCGCUAACUACAUAUUCCAAUAGAAAUCCGAAUUACCGGCUGUAUCAUGUGGAAUCGAAAAGCAUGCAAGUUGUAGAUCACGAAACAUGGAUCUUCAAUUUAACAGAUGCCAAUGCAAAGGGUGAAACUCAAACCCCACAAUGGUUCAAAGAAUACGAAUUCUCCGCUGAGUUUACAGCAGAUCUAUGUCCAGCGGGCAUCGAUAAUUUGCUGGAUGAAAUGGCAGCGAACCCAAGUAUUCUUAGAAAGUUCUGGCGGUAUAAAAUGACAACUGCCGAUCCGAAAAUGAAAGCCGGUUGCAGUAGAUCUUGCUUGCUGGAGACGAUCUGCCGCAUAGCGGUAGGUGUGAAUAAUCAGAGAGCGCGCUGUGAAGAGUUGCAAGCCAAGCUGAAUAUUGCGUUGGACAACGAAAACACUACUACAAGUACCACUGCUGCAUCAACUGCUUCAACGCCGUCCUCCGCUCCAACAACAACUGAGGAAGCCACCACCAAGAAUCCUGGUGAUGAUGGUGCGGCUUCCUUAAGCAUCUCUAUAAUUAGUCUUGCAUUUGCUGCGGUUUUGUCAAUAAUGCAUUAUGUUUGA